AAAUCACAAACGCCUCCCCUCAAUCUCCUACCCUCUUCAUUUCGAGAAUUGGGGUUUGGGCAGCCGAAAUCAGUCGCCAUGGGACGAAGGCCAGCCAGGUGCUAUCGCCAGAUCAAGAACAAACCCUACCCGAAAUCCCGUUUCUGCCGUGGUGUUCCGGACCCUAAGAUCCGAAUCUAUGAUGUGGGUAUGAAGAAGAAGGGCGUGGAUGAAUUUCCCUUCUGCAUCCACCUCGUUUCUUGGGAGAAAGAAAACGUUUCGAGUGAAGCUCUCGAGGCCGCUCGUAUCGCCUGCAACAAGUACAUGGCCAAGUUCGCCGGAAAGGACACCUUUCAUUUGCGAGUUAGGGUUCACCCCUUCCAUGUUCUCAGGAUCAACAAGAUGCUUUCUUGUGCCGGAGCCGAUAGGCUUCAGACUGGUAUGAGAGGUGCUUUUGGGAAGCCCUUGGGUACUUGCGCUAGGGUUGAUAUUGGUCAGGUGCUUCUCUCUGUUCGUUGCAAAGACAGCAACAAGAACCAUGCUCAUGAAGCUCUCCGCCGUGCCAAGUUCAAGUUCCCUGGUCGUCAAAAGAUCAUUGAGAGCAGGAAAUGGGGCUUUACCAAGUUCAGCCGAGCUGACUAUGUCAGGUUGAAGGCAGAGCAUCGUAUUGUUCCUGAUGGUGUCAAUGCCAAGCUUUUGGGAUGCCAUGGAUCUUUGGCUUUGCGCCGUCCUGGAGGAGCAUUCAUUGAUGCUGCUGUGAACUGAUUCAUGUUACACAACUUCCAUUAGAAAUUGUGUUAGCGAAAUCCAUACUACAUUUCUGUUUUGAUUUCUGUUGACUAGAUUAUGUACGUUUUUGGAAAUGUUUCCUGAAAGCUUUUGUUUAAGAUUUUAGAAUUUUGGGCAAACUUCUGUUGGAGUUGUGUAUUCGAUAUUUUUAUUAAAGUUUUUGGUUAUCGUUAAUGUUAUCAGAAUGCUGUUACUUUGCAUGAAUUGGCUUA